GACGCCUUCCUGCUCGCGCUUCCUGCUCCAGCUUCCUGCUCCACGGCGCCGGCGGCGGGGACUCAUCCCUGGGCGGCAGUAAUGGCAACCUACACUUGCAUCACUUGCCGUGUGGCUUUCAAGGAUGCUGACUUUCAGCGUGCCCACUACAAAACUGACUGGCACAGAUACAACCUGAAGCGUAAGGUUGCUGACAUGCCUCCUGUCACUGCUGAGAACUUCCAAGAGAGAGUCCUAGCGCAGAGAGCCGUGGCAGAGGAGCAGAACAAAAUCACUGCCACUUACUGCACAGUUUGCAGCAAGAGAUUCUCCACCUUCAAUGCCUAUGAGAAUCACUUGAAGUCCAAGAAGCACCUGGAGCUGGAGAAGAAAGCUGUUCAAGCCGUCAGCAAGAAGGUGAAAACAUUAAAUGAAAAGAACCUGGAAAAGGGGCUGGCCCCGGAGAGUGUGAACAAAGAUGAAAUGAACGCAGCUAUUCAGCAAGCCAUCAGAGCUCAGCCCUCUUCCUCUCCAAAGAAGACACCGCUACCUCCCAUGGAUGGCAACAGCUCUCCAGCUUCUGCCAGAAGCACAAGUUUGUCACAGAGCAGAGAGCGGUCAGAAAAACCGCCGCGGCUGCAGUGGUUUGAACAGCAGGCCCGGAAGCUGGCCAAGCAACAGGCAGAGGGAGAGGAGGAUAAAGAGGAAGACUGGGAAGAUAUGGAUUCUGAUGAAGACAUUGGCUCUGAAGAAGAGAUGGAAAGUGUGGGAGAAGAGGAGGAGGAGGAGGCAGAAGCUGAAAGCACUCCCGCUGUUGGGGCCAUACCAGUCACAGACUGCUUGUUCUGUUCCCAUCAUUCAAGAUCUCUCACGAAAAAUGUGGCCCAUAUGACAAAGGCUCAUAGUUUCUUCAUUCCAGACAUAGAGUACCUUGUGGAUCUCAGAGGACUAAUCAAGUACCUAGGAGAGAAGAUUGGCGUUGGGAAAAUCUGCAUCUGGUGCAAUGAAAAAGGGAAAUCCUUCUACUCUACAGAAGCAGUACAGGCUCACAUGAAUGAUAAAAGCCACUGCAAACUAUUUACAGAUGGAGAUGCUGCCCUGGAAUUUGCAGACUUCUAUGAUUUUAGGAGCAGUUACCCUGAUCACAAGGAUGGGGAGGAUGUGGAGGUGCCUGGAGAGCGCCCAGCAGAGAGAGAGUUGGAUUAUGAUGAUGACACCAUGGAGCUGAUCCUUCCUUCAGGUGCAAGAGUGGGGCACCGCUCCUUAAUGAGAUACUACAGACAACGCUUUGGGCUGUCGAGAACGGUGGCUGUUGUGAGAAAUAAGAAAGCAGUGGGUCGUGUGUUGCAGCAGUACAGAGCUCUGGGCUGGACAAGUCAGACAGGGUCAGCCUCUGCUCAGCAGCGUGAUAUGCAGUACCUGCAGAGGAUGAAGUCCAAGUGGAUGCUCAAGACAGGAAUGAGUAACAACGCCACAAAGCAGAUGCAUUUCCGGGCACAAGUCAGAUUCUGAGCCCCCAAGGGAGCUGAACACAACAGGUUUUGGGAAGGGAGAUUUAAUGGUUUCUGGGUCAAGGAUUCUGUUAUGGAAAUGGACUUGGUACCUAUCAGAUGAGGAUGUAUGUGCUGCUGCGCCAUGCUGUCUGUGAGGAGAAGAGCAGGGAGCUUGUCUCUUCAGUGAAAUGAUGGUUGGCCUAACUUAAAUAAAGUAUCUUAAAUGGAA